AACAAGUGACUGAGCAGGUGCGCAGAAUAAACAACAACUUCUUUCGUAUCGGGACAACGCCUAAAUUGAAAUUUGUUGUGUAGAAAACAAUAUUUCGAGCUGUAUUAUCUGAUCACUGAAUUAGAAAACUAUAAAAACCACUCUCCUGCGCGUUGACCGGCUCAAAUAGGUUAAAUCCAAUCAGCGGUAUAUUUGUUGAGUGAUUGGGAAUCAGAAAUGGAAUACCGCAGUUAUGGUGGAAAAGCGCCCAGUGUUCGGAGCAUGGCGCCUUCGAUGUACUCGCACCACUCCAGAAUGACCACCAGGUCCUCGGCCAAUUUAAGGUCGACCCACUCCAUGCGCUCCGUCGUAAUACCCUGGUACCAAAAACCGAUCGUGCAAGACGCUUUCUUCAUCGACAUCCAACGUGCCAGCAUGCUCACUGCUUGUUACACCCUGUUCCUGGGCUUCUUCACUUUGUUCAUGGCAGCUUUCGACAUUUACUGCUUGGCUGAAGCAGCACCAGGGUCCACGCAUUAUGGCUACUAUAUCAUCUCGUUUGAGUUUGUGUAUGUGGGAAACAUGCAUGUCCGAAAUUGCCUUGUCGUCUUCUCGCUGUUUUCGCUAAUUGGAAGUGUUGCUCUCAUAGUCACCAGCAUCAUGCUGAUUGUGGCUCUGAGGAAGGAGUAUGAGGGGCGCAUGGUUCCCUGGCUGUACUGCAUGUUCGCCUUCACUGCGUGGCGCUUUUUUGCCUUUGUUUUCGCAUCGAUUGUCAACGACCUCUACUUUGGAUACAACUUGUUCAUGUGCCUCGCAUGGAUUGUCUUCACCGUUGUCAGCUGCUACGGUUGGAUCUUGGUCUACUCACUCUAUCUUGAGCUGACAGAUCUAACCAAACUUGAAGAUUUGGCACAUCUUAGGAUGGGCACCAUGCACUCUCUGAAUGCUUCUAUUGCUCAUUCCAUCGGAGGUUCGAGGCCAACCACACCGCACAGCGCCAUAUCAGCUACGCCAAUUCAUUAGGUUUAGAUCUCAAAUCCACGAAUUUCAGAUGUGUGUAUGAGUAGGCCCAGCCACAAGUUCCGGAAUCGCACUUAAAAUCAAAUUUCGUUAUUUUAAUUAGUUUUUGGAACAUAUUUUGAUAAUUGGUAGAGAGAAAGAAUGCAGUGAGAACUUAAUGACAACAAUAUUUUUAAUACAUGCUGCUGGUGAAGUUUUUAUAAUGCAUUCCGUCCAAGAAAGUAUCACUAGAGUAUAGUUCAGUUAUAAACCAAGUUAACAGAUCCGUCCAAAUGAGCUUUUUUGUAAUAAUAAUAAUUAUAGUGAAAAAAUUAACAUAGCUGUAUAGGAGGCAAAUUAUGUCAACGACUAACUCAAGCAGCCAACAUAGUUUAGAAACUUUGUUGAGCCAGUAGGAAGAUAUACAUUUCAUAUUAUGCUGCCUAAGCAUUAUAAUUGCUCUCAAUUGACGAGUUGAAGUCAAAUUAGAAUCUGAUUAUGUGUACCCUGGCACAGUUUACUGUAAGGGCAAAAGCUAAGUGCAUUAACUGGUAUUGAUAUUAUAAUAAAAAAGAGUUUGAUGUAUUUCUUGAGAAAUUCUCAUGUAUUUUGGAUAUUUUGAUCGAGAGUCUUAAGAAGAAUUUCAUUAAAGAGAAUCUUGUCUUUUGUUACUUUCAUCACAGAUGUUAAAAUGAUUCGCCUUCUGCUUAUGCAGUAAUUAUAUUUUUAUAUAGUUUUAUUUUCUCAUAAAGAUCAGCCAACACUUUCAACUAUUUUAGAUGUGUCUGCUUAUAUUUUCGAUAUUUACAUCAUUUAUACUUCAAUGUUGCAGUUUUGUUAAUAAAAUCGCCUUUCGGUGAAUAGUAGAACUUGAAACAAGAAUUUGCUUUUCACCCAGGCUAUACUUUUUUGAACAACGAAA